AUGGUUGACGGCAACCCACUUCUUGCUGUGCUUUGUGUUACAAUGGUGAUGUCUCUUGCUGAUCGAGAUGUAUGUCAUGAUGUGACUGUAGUAGGCGGUGGUAUUGGCGGGACAUACGCGGCCUGGAAACUCAGGCAUCAUGAAUUAAAUAUAGGUUUAUACGAGUUCUCAGACCGACUUGGAGGCCGCUUCUACACGUAUCGCUUUCCUGAGGCACCGGACAUUCCAAUCGAGCUUGGUGCUAUGAGGUUCAACAAUGAACUCCAUCCGAUAUUAUCUCGUACAAUACAAGAACUCGGGCUUAAGACGGGAAUAUUUAGAAAUCAAGAUUACUUUUCCGAUGAGACAAUGCUUUUCCUGAGGGGAGUACAUUUCCGUAAUAAAGACUUUAGUGAAAAUCAUGUGCCUUAUAAUCUACGUCAAAAUGAAGGGAAAGGGAUACAAGAAAUCUACAGAUAUUUGACUCAAAAAACCAAUUUUAGUGGAGACGUUUCAUCUUUACAGAAGGAGCAGCCCUUUAUUGUAUCAGAUGACCAUGUGAGGUUGACAGACCAAACAAUCAGUGGAUUUUUUGCAAAGUAUUUGAGUGAAGAAGCUGUUGAAUUGGUCGCUAACAUUUAUAGAUUUAACUUGUUUAAUAUUACGGCCGCCGAUGUUCUACAAUUUAUACCAAAAACGGAUAUCUUCCCCGUGUAUAUGACAAUAUCAGAAGGUAUGCAACAACUUCCGGAACACUUGGUAAAGCAGUUUAUUGGAGCCAGCAGAAAUCAUAGUGUACGCACAAACCAUCAACUGAUCAGUAUCACCCGGAACUCUGUUGAUGGCUAUACCCUAGGAUUCAUGAAGACUGUAACGAGUGACGGAAAAACAAGUCCGACCAGCCAAUUUAUCAGUGUCUGUAGCCAGCGAGUUAUAUUGACUGUCCCGCCACCAGCUUUGCUUCAGAUUAACUGGGAAACGUUACAACAGCGACAUAUUCUUUCAACUUUAAAAACUUUGAACUACCAUGUUGGUGUUAAAGUGUUCUUGCUGUAUGACUACCCUUGGUGGAGAGACCAUCUAAUCAAAUCAGACAUUGAUAGCUUGAAUUCAUACGACAGUCUUCAUAAAUGCCCCAAGCUCAAAAAUCAAUAUUCUAAUUACUAUGAUAUUCUACAUUCUGGUUAUAUUGAUAACAGGUACGAUGAACAUAUACGCCCAACUUUGAUAUCAGAUCUCCCAAUUGAUAUGACCUUAGAUUUUGGUAUUUCUAACAGGACAGGCCGAGCUGUUUUGUUGGCAGCGUAUUCAGUGCAUGACUUGUGGAGUGAGUUACAGAAAAAUGGCGAAAAACUCAAUCUUGGACAUCACAGCGUGUCAACAGAGGUUGUCAGACACGCCCACAUGUACCUGGCAAAGCUUUACAACAUUAACAUGACAGUAAUCCCGACACCGACUGCUGGAGUGAUAUCACACUGGGAUCAGUAUCCAUAUAAGGAGGCCUUCAGUACAUCGAAAACUGGAGUCGAUAAGGAAACAGUUUGGAGAACAAUUCACAAACCAUCAGCUGUGGAUAAUAUCUUCAUCGCGUCUGGCUCCUACUCGAAGCGUACGUCUGAUGCCUGGUCCGAAUACUGUUUGGAGGCUGUCGAAGGAAUAAUUUCCACGUAUUUUGGAAACAAUUAA